AUGAAUAGGCAUCACGCCUUCGUGUCCGGCUACCCAGCCUAUUCCCGCAAGCAACCCGGCAGUCUCUCGAUCUCUCCCCAUCGGUUCCAACCGCGUUCACAGCCCGCUCUACGACGUCGAAGACAGCUCAUCCAACGCCUCUGUCUCCUCGGUGGUAUCUCCUCACUCCUCCUCUUCCUCAUCUUCCCCUCUUGGAGAGCCGCCAUCCUCCCGACCCUGACCGUCGGCCUGAUCUCUUCCUCCGAUGAUCUCCAGCUCAAUACCCUCCGGUACUACGAUCUCUCCGACGUCGAAGGCACCGCGAAGGGAUGGGAGAAGGAGGAACGCGUUCUCAUGUGCACGCCGCUUCGCGAUGCCGCGUCGCACCUACCCUUGUUCUUCUCGCAUCUCCGCAACCUCACAUACCCCCAUAAUCUGAUCGAUCUGGCUUUUUUGGUUUCGGAUUCCAAAGAUGGCACCCUCGAAUUGCUGACGGAUAUGCUUGAUGAACUGCAAAAUGAAAAGGACCCGAAGAUGUCGUUUGGUGAGAUUUCGGUCAUUCAGAAGGACUUCGGGCAAAAAGUGACGCAGGACUUUGAGAGUCGACACGGGUUUGCGGCGCAGGCUGGACGGAGGAAAUUGAUGGCUCAAGCUCGGAAUUGGUUGCUAAGCGCUACGCUUCGUCCGACUCAUAGCUGGGUCUACUGGCGUGAUGCCGAUGUAAUGACUGCUCCGGUUACGAUCCUGGAGGAUCUUAUGAGGCAUGAUAAGGAUGUUAUUGUACCGAAUGUUUGGCGUCCUCUCCCAGACUGGCUGGGCGGCGAACAACCCUACGAUCUGAACUCCUGGCAGGAAUCAGAAACCGCUCUCGCUCUUGCCGACACGCUCGACGAAGAUGCAGUUAUCGUGGAGGGAUAUGCCGAGUAUGCAACGUGGCGCCCUCACCUUGCUUACCUUCGUGACCCGUACGGUGAUCCGGAUAUGGAGAUGGAGCUUGAUGGUAUUGGUGGUGUUAGUAUCCUCGCGAAGGCAAGGGUUUUCCGCGCCGGCGUACACUUCCCUGCAUUUAGCUUUGAGAAGCAUGCUGAGACAGAAGGCUUUGGCAAGAUGGCCAAACGCAUGGGAUUUUCCGUUUUCGGAUUACCGCACUACACAAUUUGGCACCUGUAUGAGCCCAGUGUCGACGAUCUGCGACACAUGGAGGAGAUGGAGGAAGAGAAACGGGCACGCGAACAAGAAGAACGAGAGGAGGCCGAGCGACGGGAGCGACAGAAGGAGAUAUUCCAAGACCCCAAACAGGAACACGGAGAGGAUGAUGCUGCUCUUCGAGAUAUACUGCGUAAAGAUGAAGAGACUUUAGAAUCCACGACAGGGGAGACUAACGAAGAGAAAACUGAUGUCGACGCUGGCAACAAGUUGUGA